UGCGCGGCGAGGCCAUCGGGCGUCGUCGACACGGGCAGCGGCGGCGCACAAGAAAACCAUCUCGUUUUCGACUUUUCGUCCGUUCCCGCGACAAAUCUGCACCGCCCGGUCGUAUAUAAACAGGACGGGCGGGGUCGGCUCCGAAAUCACACGGCUGUCCAGUUUUCUGAAAAUCACACGCACAGACAUCCUCUUCCUCGCCCGCCCCAGCAACGAGCCAACGACCAACGGAAGAAACGAGCAAACCGCCCAUGGCGCUCGAGAAGGCCAAGGAGAUCGUCGCUUCCUCCCCCGUCGUCGUCUUCAGCAAAACCUACUGUCCUUUCUGCACCCGAGUGAAACAAUUGCUAGCACAGUUGGGGGCGAAUUACAAGGCUGUUGAACUGGAUGUGGAAAGUGAUGGAUCUGAUUUGCAAUCAGCUCUUGCUGAAUGGACUGGGCAGAAAACUGUUCCAAAUGUCUUCAUUAAAGGGCAACAUAUCGGUGGCUGUGAUGCUACCGUAGCAAUGCACAACGAUGGGAAGCUGGUGCCUCUUCUGGCGGAGGCUGGAGCAAUUGCCAGUGCCAGUGCCAAGGCCACUGCCACUCCGUCUUUGUAGACAGGUUCUACAUUGUCAUUCUGGUCGCUUGGUGGCUAUAUGCAAUUGUUGCAUACUAAUGUGAUUGUCGUAUAAUAAAGAUGAAUAAGGGGUUUCAUCGACCUCAAUUGCCUCUUGGCUUCGGUGUUGACUGUAAGUCUGUAAUUGUAGCUUCAGGUGGCUAUUAAGCCUCUUUGCAGAUCUUCAGACACAAAUAAAUCAUUUCUCCUGCUAA